GGACGGGGUCGUUCUUCUGACCGGUUGCGAUAAGACCGUACCGGCAGCAAUAAUGGCUGCUGCCACAGUUAAUAUUCCGGCUAUCUGUCUGAAUGUUGGUCCGAUGCUCAACGGCUACGUGAAGACUCAGCUAGCAGGCUCCGGAAGUGUCGUAUGGAAGGGGAGAGAGAUGUAUGCCGCAGGCGAGAUCAACAAAGAUGAAUUCAUGGAAUAUGUUGCUAGUGGCACUCCAUCGGUAGGGCACUGCAACACAAUGGGAACAGCAUCAACAAUGAAUGCACUGGCAGAGGCGCUCGGGAUGGCGCUCCCCGGGUCAGCUGCAAUUCCUGCGCCAUAUCGCGAGAGAUCGCAAUGUGCUUAUGAAACAGGAUUGCGGGUAGUCGAAAUGGUACAUUCAGACCGGAAACCCAGCGAUAUUAUGACUCGAGAAUCCUUUGAGAACGCCAUCAUGGCUAAUACAGCAAUUGGUGGAAGUACCAAUGCCCCGAUCCAUAUUAAUGCUAUUGCCAAACAUAUUGGGGUAGAUGUUUCACUAGAUGACUGGGAUCAGCUCGGGUUCCAUAUCCCACUGCUUCUAAAUAUGCAGCCAGCCGGGGAACUGCUGGGUGAAGAAUACCACCGAGCAGGCGGGCUUCCGGCCAUUAUGGCCGAGCUUCUAGACGCGGGGAAACUAAACGCUGAUGCCUUGACAUGCACUGGUCGCACGAUGGCAGAGAAUGUUCGAGGCAAAAAUUCAUGGGACCGUCGUAUGAUCCGGGCUUAUGACGAUCCUUUGAUGAAAGAUGCAGGCUUCGUCCAUCUUCAAGGCAGUCUUUUCAACUCGGCUAUUAUGAAAACCUGUGUUAUCUCCGAAGAAUUCAGGAAGAAGUUCCUAGAGAACCCCGACGACCCAAAUGCCUUUGAAGGUGCUGUGGUUGUCUUUGACGGGCCGGAGGAUUAUCACCACCGUCUUGACGACCCGUCAACACCAAUUGAUGAUAAGAGUAUUCUCGUGAUGCGUGGGGCUGGUCCAUUAGGAUUUCCCGGUGCGGCCGAAGUAGUUAAUAUGCACCCUCCCGGGCGUUUACUACGAGAAGGUGUCCAUUCCCUUCCAUGCAUAGGCGACGGACGACAGUCUGGUACUUCCGGCUCGCCAUCCAUCCUGAACGCUAGCCCCGAAGCCGCGGCCGGUGGGAAUCUAGCCAUUCUCCAAGACGGGGACAGACUUCGCGUUGACCUGAACAAACGACGAGUCGAUAUCUUGGUAUCUGAUGAGGAGCUAGAGAAACGCAGGCAAGAACUUGACGCAAAAGGGGGGUACGAUGCCCCUGAGAGUCAGACUCCAUGGCAAGAACUGUUCCGAAAGGAAGUUGGCCAACUCAACGAGGGCAUGGUUCUUCGGGAAGCUGUCAAGUAUCAACGACUGGCCCAGCGAUAUGAAGAGCCCAGGCACAACCAUUGAAGGGUAGUGAGAUGCUGAUAUUGUACUUGAGCAAGCAAUUUGCAUUCCGACUCUAUGGAGGUUGUACACAUAAUGAUUGAUAUCCCUGUCGCUAUUUUCUUUUUUCUGUAAUCCGAUUAGCCAGAUGUUCCGUAUGACAAGUCCAAAGAGAUAACGGUGCCUGAAAGAUAGGUUGCAUCCGAGCGAUC